AUGAAUGCAGCCGCACUGCCGGCACCAGAUCUGUCUGAUGCCGUACUUGAGCUGGCGGCACUAGAGGACCUGGCAAAAAAUGAAGCGGAGUUGCCCACGGUGGCUCCAGUGCCGCCAAAGUCCUCUUCAGAGGCUGGCGAGGCGGAAGGCCCUGCUUCUUCGCAGAGCCUCUGUGGGCGUUUGUUCCUGCGCCCGUGUCGCUCGCCGGCGCUGUAUUUCCGCCGUUUGCACAUGGAGUUUGGGGUAUCUUUGUUGCUGUGCCUGAUGUCGAACUACUUAUUCCUGAAGGGGGCAGCUUACCACAUGGCGAUCGCCGCUUCGACUCCUGUAUUUCGGGAGGUGCUGAAGCUGCCAGCGGAGCAGCACAGCGUGGCGACGGCGCUGUUCAUGAUUCCCUGGAGCGUGAAGGGGAUUGUGGGCUCGGUUUCGGAUUUGUUUGCACUUGGGGGUUACCACAAGCGUUCGUACAUGCUGCUGGCGUCGGGGAGCGGCGUGGUGGGUUCGAUCUUGUUGAUAGCGUCUGCAGGGCGGCUGACGAUGGGCAUCGCAGUUGCGGGUUUCUUUUUAAUAAUGGUGCAGGCGAGCUUCAACGACUUGCUGUGCGAGGGUUCGUACACGCGGAAGAUGGCGGAGAAGCCGCACACGGGGGCGGCCUUGACUUCAUUUGUGUGGCUGUGCUCCUCCGUGGGCACGUUUGCCCAGGCCGUGUGGGUGGGUCCCGUGGUGGAUCAUCUUCCUUUCCAGGUGGUGUUGGCUCCGUUCAUGCCUCUCUGUGCGCAGCAGCUGAUCCUGCUGGUGUGGCCGUGGCCGUUUCGGCCGUGGAAGUCGCACGCGGGGGUGGUGGGCGAGACGUACACCCCGAAAGCGGAGCGUUUCAAGGGCUUUCUGCUGCGGGAGCACGGGCGGCUGUUUGCGUGCGCGCUGUGCCUGACGGUGUGCGCGUUCGGGUCGAUGGUGGCGGGGCUGAUGAGCGACCGCAUGCACGUGGUGGGGAUCUGCUACUGGUUCUGCUCGGGGGUGUGCAUAACGGCGACAGUGGCGUGCACAAUGCCCGCGCACCUGGCGAAGCCAGUGCUGUACAUGUUUCUGGGGCGGUGGCUGGUGCCGAACAUCUCUUCGCAGUUCUCCUACUGGCUGCGCGCGGGGCCGGACUGCGUGGCCGACGGCCCGCACUUCAGCUGGAGCUACUUGUUGACUUGGAACGCGCUGGCGCAGUCGAUCUUCGCCUUCGUGGGCGUGGCUCUUUUCCAGCGGUUCGUCUCGCGCUGGACCUUCCGCAGGGCCUUCCUGGUGACCUCCGUGCUGCAGCAGCUCACCUGCCUGCUGGACGUGGCCAUGGUGCUGCGCUGGAACCGCAGGAUCGGCAUUCCCGACAAGGCCUGGUACUUCUGCUCGGCCUCCAUCAUCGAAGAAGUGGCCUCCAUGUGGGCCUUCAUGCCGGGCUGCGUGCUCAUUUCCAGACUCUGUCCCAAGAACAUCGAAAGCACCAUGUACGCAGUGGUUGCGGGGCUGCAGAACUUCGCCCAGUCCAUGUCCAAGCUCAGCGGCAACUUCUUGUGCUUCACUUUGCUGGGCGUCCGCACGCUGGCCACGCCUGGGGGCCCUGCAUGCGACUUUUCGGGGCUGCCGCUGGGCAUAGGGCUGGCCAUGGGCGUCUGUCCUCUCCUUCCCAUUUCCCUCACUUUCUGGCUCGUCCCCAACAUCUUCAUGGACCAGGCGGUCACAGCGGACGGGCCCGCGGACGCUGCUGCUGCGGCCCCGGCAGCAGCAGCAGCAGCAGCAGCCGCGCACGCCCGCGAGCUCACCGACGUCGAGCAGCAGGCUGCUGCUGCCAGCACCCAAGUCCCGCCCAGCGGCGAAACGGAAGCACCAGACGACGCAGACACUUCGCCGGUCUCCAGUGCAACUGACACGGGCUCCGCACCAGCAGCAGAUACUGAUAAAACUCCCCCCCCAACCCCACCAGCACCAGCAGCAGCAGCAGCAGCAGCAGCAAACGCUGCAGUGGCUCCACUCCCAGCAGUGGCGCACACACACCCAGAACCGCCAACAGAAGCGCCCGCAGCAGCAGCAGCAGCAGCUGGAGCUGUGCCGCGCACUGAGGAAGACAAUGCGGGGAAAAAAGGGAAAGCAGCAGCAGCAGCAGCGGCUGCAGCACCAGAGCCUGCCGCUGCAGCAACACCACGUGCCACUGCAGCAGCAGCACCACCGUCAAGUAUGCCUGCAGACGAGAGGGCUGCGGAGACGCAGACGGACCAGAAGCAGCAGCAGCAGCUGCAGCAGCGGCAGCAGCGGCAGCAGGAAGAAUAG